AUUGAAAAGUACAGUGCUUUUCCUUCAAAAAUAAGGACAUUUCAAUUUGACCCCAAACUUUUGAACGGUAGUGUAUAUAUAUUAUAUAUAUAUAUAGAAUUUUUUUAUAUAUAUAAAUAUAUGUAUUAAUAAAAUAUAUAUGAUAUAUUAUGAAUAUAUAUUUUUUUCCCAUUUGCAAUGAUAACAUUUGGCGCACAUAUUGGAGUAGCAGGGCAAGACGGCUCUGGGUGUGGCAGCCCGAGCAGACGAGGUGAUCAUGGUGGACAUGAUUGUCAAGGCAGAACGAUAUUACGCAUGGAAGACGGUGAGAAACUGACUUUUUUGUUUGCCAAUCAACCACAUUCAUCGUCAUUUAUUUUUCCAUAAUCACAUUUCAGGUGUGGAAUAAUUAUUUAUUUUAUAUAUGCCCGUGUUACAUUGCAAUAAGUUGUGUGUGCGAGGCAUUCAUCAUUCCACUGACAGCCUUUCAUGUUCCCUGCAGGUUAACCCAGAGUUUAAUGACAGUGUUCUCAGCGAGUAUCCGCUAACACUCAAACUGGAUCUCAGCGAGUAUCCGCUAACGUUCAAACUGGAUCACCGCUAUGAGACCAAGCAGUUCCGCUCCAUGGCCUGGCGUCUGACCUACCAGCUCCUGAAGCCGGGAGACUGGAAGAGCCUGGCUGAACACUGGGGAUUCACUCAGGACCAAGUGUCCGCCAUUGAGAGACAGUGGACAGGUCAACACAGUUACAAAGAACAUGGCAACAGGAUGCUUCUGAUUUGGCUGCAUGGAGAGGAGUUGGCCCGGAAAAGUCCUUCUGUAGAACUCUAUCAGGCCCUUGCCACCACUGGCAAUGGCAAAGCUGCAGCAGAUCAGAUGCGGAUGGAAUCAGAGAGUGUCAGCCGCAGAAACUGCAGAGUUUCAUGAUUGCGCAUGUUAGUUUACAUCAAUUGUCAGACACGCUUGUACAGUAUAGAAAGACGCUCUAAAAUAAUUUAUUACAAAAAAACACAUGACAGGUACAAACAGGAUGGCUUUGGUCUCACUAACAAACACUGUAUGCUUCCUUUAAAAAACUCAUUUUACAUGCACUUUUUAAAAAAUAUAAUAAAAGUGAACAUUUUAGUUAUGAAGUUAAUUUUGUCUUUUUACAGCAAGUACAGUGCUACCUCGGCUUACGAGUUUAAAUCGGUUCUGUGACUGAGCUCAUAAAUAUUCGUACUACAAAUCAAUAUUCCCCAUUGCAAUUAAUUGAAAUCAUCUUAUGGUCGGAUAUUAAAGGGUUUAUUGCAACAUUACUAGUGGCGCGGAGGCUAGUAAGCCAAGGUACUACAGUACAUGAAUUGAUCAGUGCAAAUGUCACUGAAAAAAAUAAUGCAUUAUUCUACAAUAAAAACAUCAAACAUCACUUUUUAAAGGUUUUAAGCACCACCCACAAAAAACUGGAAUUGUUGCAUAGUGAGUCAGGGGUUUUCAAAGUGGGACGGACCUCUCCUGCUGGUCUUUUUGUGUGUGUGUGUGUGUGUGUGUGUGUGUGUGUGUGAUUAGUCAACUACUUUGAUGGAGUGUACAUUACAAGUGCCAGGGUGUGCUUUGGAGGAAGUCUUGGGGGUGCGAGGACCUGGUUGGGAGGAGCGAGGAUAUCUGGCUGCAGGCGAUUGACCACCGAUGAACUUGUAUGACAGAGACGUGCAUUAGAAUACGGAGAUAUACUUCACCCUGCAUGACUCAUACCUGUGUAGUAGGCUGGUGGCGUUCUACCACGAUGGAACACAUGGACGGCGCCACACCCAUGACUCGGAGGUUACUACGUGCGCUCUUAUCGGGAACAUGUUGCGCUGUAAUGCGAGCGGUAAUGGUUUUUGCUGCCUUCUGUUGGCUGGAGGUGACCACACGCCCACUGGCCUGUGACGACAAGAACACCUUUGAAGAUGUACUGAAACAACAGGAUUACUCUUCAAAGAGCAAAAUACUGUGGUUCGACCUGUUUGUGGGACGUGCUGCUGCCCCCUUGUGGGAAUAAACUGUGUGAAGCUGAAGGGAGAAAUUCACGGGUGCGCCACAUGCCCAUCUGGGGAAAAAGAAAUGGUUGUGUGCUAGUUUUAGCAAAGUCUCAAUCAUGAGUUCUUUCCAUUGGCUGAUAUUUGCCUUUUUUAACUUAUCGGACCAUCUUAUAAGGGAUGCACA